GCGCCAUAAAGCGGAAGGUGAAGCAACCCGCGCACGCGGUGGAGAAAGUGAGGGUUGGGUGUGUCUUCAAGCUGAGGGCCCACCCACCUUGGUAAGAACCCUUGCUCCCAGUCCCUGGCCCACCCAGGUCUAAAAUAUCUCACCCUCAUUUGGGGUGACUUCCCAUCAUAUAUCUCUGGGACCUAAUUUUAUAUGCCGGCAAUCAUGCAGAUCCCAGCUCUGCUGUUCUUGGGCUUAGGGAUGUUAGUCAAGUGAUUGGUCUCCUGAGCCUCAGUUUCUGUGUCUGUAAAGUGGGCACAACACAUCAAAGGUACCUUAGGGGCUGAGAAGCUGCGUCCUGUGAACGGUUAGCUCAGAAUGCGGAUCAUGUGAGCGUCUUUCUGGGGGGCUGUGCUCUUCAUCCGAGGUGUCCUGCAGAGCUCUGAAGGUGGUUCCCCCAGGAGUUAAGCAGCACUCGUUGGUACAGGACCAGCGAGGUUGGUUUUGAUCCCCGGUUCUGCCACUUUUGACCUUAGGGCGCCUCCGUGAUUUGUCUGCACGGAUCGGGCUGAGGGGCAGUUCCUCCGGGAGGCCAACAGCUCCUCCAGGCCUCGCUCCUGUGGCCCCGCCCCUCCAGCCUUCCGGCUCUUCUCGGCACGUGGCCAUGGCGGGACAGGGCGACCGCUGCUACACGUACACCGAGCUCCUGGCCAUCGCCCGGCGCUUCCGGCAGAACCCCAACGAGCUCAUGAUCACGUGGAUCCUGCGGGUGUAUGACCAGGGGGGCCUGGCCCUGGCCCUGAAUUCCAGGGAGUUGGUGAUGCUGGGCGACCUGACCGGCGAUGCCGUCUUCAACUACCGCUGCAAGGCCCUGCGGGGCGACGGCAAGACGCUGCUGGCCUGGCUGCUGCUGGCCUGGCGCCAGCGCUGGGAGUCCUUCCUGCACUUCGAGGGCACCGAGCUGCCCUUCCGACCCUGGACCACCAUGGAGGAGGGCAUCCAGCUGGUGCGAGAGCUGGGCAUGCUCGACUGGAUCUACCGCGAGCCGCCGCCGCUCCCCGAGCCUGAGUGGCUGGUGCCCGAGGACGUGCCCUUCACGCAGGGCCUGCAGCGGCGCCUGCUGACGGCCGCGCCCUCUGAGCUGCGGCUCUCGCUGGUCGGCCUGCUGGUCAAGGGCGUGACGGUGCUGGAGGCGGUGAUGGUGAUCCAGACCGUCGCCGACGUGGGCCUGCUCUGGCGCCAGAGCCAGCCGGGCCGCGCCAGGCUCAUGCUGGGGCCCAACCCGACGCGCAAGGACCUCAUGGGCUGGCUGCUGAGCCACGGCAUGCCCAAGGAGCGGGUGGACAAGCAGCCCACCAAGGUCCUCCUGGAGCUGUACAUCCAAGAGGCCAGGCGCAGCCACGCCCGCGACGCGUCCGCGCCCGGAGAGGAGCAGCCCCCGUGUCCGCCGUACUCCGACCAAGCCUGCGGGGCGGAGCCUCCCGUGCGCCACGACUAGGCCUCCCGGGCCUUCGGGGCGACGAACAGGACAUCGUAGGGGAGACGAAAGCCUUGGUCGGCUCCAGCCGGUGUUCAAGGAGCCCCAGAGAGGGGUGUCCUUGCCCCCUGCCCACCCCGUGGGCAUCCCCAGCCAGAGCUGGUGGAGGGCAGGCAGCUGGCUGAUAGCUGCUGUUGCUGGGUGCCAGACAGUAUGUUACGUUUCAGUCUGUUACACUUUGGCCCGAUGGGCAUGGUGGGUGGGCCCCCGCCGCUGUGUCACACGGGCCUCUGAAGCACUACAGGCCAAGCGGGCGACCCCGCAGACCACGCCGUGAAAGCACCUUGAAGCUUGUACCCUUUCUCUUAAGGCUUUUUUUUAAUGCAAUGUUUUUACCUAUUACUUCAUACAGCACUUGGGUUUUAUGGGUGCUCACGUCCCCUUUUGCAAAGGUUUUUCUAUUAAGUUCUUUUUGCAAUGCCUUUCUCUUCUAAAAUUGAAUUUUGCGCUUUGCUC